AGUAGCAUUAGUCUAUCAAUGUAUCGUUAACAAUCAUUUGGUUAAGUAGCAUAACUCUAUCAAUAUAUCAUCAAACAAUAUGUGAUCUACCAUCACAAGUCUUCUAUAUGUAAAUUUGCCUCGUGGUAUCUAAACACGACCCCGACCUAAAUAUAAAUACCACAUUUCACAAUUUGCUUACUUAUCUAAAGACACAAAACGACGCCGCUUGUCACUUGGUGCUCGGGUCCCUUCCUCCCAAAAACACUGCCGUUCAAAUUUUACCGGACACAUUUCGGGUCGCCAAGACCAGAUUCCAGAACACAGCCUCUUCUCAGUUUCAAUUGUAGAAGCAAUGGAACUGAGCACAGCAUGGACUUCCAGAGCCUCUGCUAUUCCAUUUGCAUCACUUCUGACCACUCCCAAUAGUUGCAGCAGCUCUCACUUCCUCCCACCUCACAACCUCUCUAUCCCAUUUCGCUUUGUUCCCAGUAAGUGCCCAACACUGCAGGCUCGCAAGCGGAACUCGGAGCCGGAGCAGCAGCCACGUGUCAGCCCAACGAUUGUUGAAGAGGUCUCUGAGGAUGAUGAAGACGACGAUGUUAUCUUCGAUGACUUUGAUGAUGAUGAGGCAUCAAUGGAUGAUGAUUAUUUUGGGGAUGAGUCUGCGGCGAAUGAGGCUGAGCUGUAUGAUGGAGAUGGAGGUGGAGGAGGUGGAAUUUCUCUUGCCGGGACUUGGUGGGAUGAAAAGGCACUGGAAAUAGCUGAGGAAGUUAUUCUGACCUUUGAGGGUGACUUGAACAUAUAUGCCUUUAAAACGUUGCCAAAUUUCACCAUUCAAGUCCGCAUUGAGAAGCUUUCGAACAAAUCUGGCUCCCCAAGUAUGGAAGACAUAGAAGCUUUCUCUAGAACCUAUCGAACAAGGCUGGAUGAAGCAGAGCUUGCUCGAUCAGUACCUGAGAACUUAUGUCUUGAGGUCUCAUCUCCUGGCGUCGAAAGGGUAGUUCGGAUUCCACAAGAUUUGGAUCGAUAUAAAGAUCGACCUAUGUAUGUGAAAUAUGUAACUGAGACGGAUGCAACUGGUUCACUAUCAGAAAGUGAUGGUAUUUUCAGGCUUGUUUCUUUUGAUAUGGAAACAAAAUGCUGCAUUUGGGGUGUGGCAGAUGUGAGGAUUAAUAGAGAGAAAGCAGGAAAAGGGAGACCACUUAACAAAAAGCAGCGGGAGUGGCGAUUGAAUACAUCUUUUGAUUCCUUAAGGUUAGUCCGGUUGUAUUCUGAUAUUUAAUCUUAUGCCUGUAAAUCACCUGGCCUUUUCUUUUGAAAGAGUAGAGAUAAUAUU